GCUUCCUUCAACUUGCAGGACAUCCCCAGCUCUCGGUCUGUGUCUCGGUGUUACUGCCCUUCUACUGCAGACCACAGCAGCCUGGCCUGGAAACCUCUUCACGACUUCAUGGACGGACCAUGUAUCACCAUCCAUUCAUAGCAUCCCUUUGAAGAAGCAGUACGUUCCGGUUCAGAAAGAUGGCAAAGUCGUGGCCUACAAGACCGCGUACUUUGGUCAAGUACAUGUUGGCGGACCAGAACCGCAGAGCUUCACAGUAGUCUUUGACACCGGGUCAGGACACUUAAUCCUGCCGUCAAGCAGUUGUUUCAGCUCUGCAUGCGCAAAGCACAGAAGAUACAACAGGACAGCUUCUCAAACAGCCGUCGACAUCGAGUAUGACGGAACCAAGCUUCGUGCCGAUGCCACAGAGCGCGAUCAGGUUGCGAUCGCCUUCGGAACGGGCGAAGUCCAGGGUGAGUUUGUCAGCGAGGAUGUCUGCCUCAACGUUAAUGCAGCAAUGGCCGGAGGUGCGGCUAAGACGGAUGGAUGUGUGAAUCUGCGGGUAGUCGUGGCAUCGAAAAUGACGGAGGACCCUUUCAGUCAUUUCGACUUCGAUGGGGUUCUCGGACUUGGACUUGAGUCGCUUGCUCUCAGUCCGGAGUUUAGCUUCUUUGGGCAGAUGCUGGCGCAGAAUCCGGGCAUGCAGCCGCGGUUUUCAGUCUUCCUCGCCCAGAAUGAGGGUGUCGACAGCAUGAUCUCCUUUGGUGGGCACGAGGAGAAGUUUGCCAGCAGCGAUAUCCAAUGGGCGCCUGUGGCCAUGACGGAGCUGGGCUACUGGCAGGUGGAGCUGAAGUCUGUGAAAGUUGGCAACCAGGUCCUUGAGGAGUGCGCAGAUGGCUCGUGCCGGGCCAUCUUGGACACUGGCACAUCCUUGUUGGGCGUCCCACGGCAGGCCGUACGUGCCAUGCACCGCAUGCUGGCGAGGCCAGUUGCGGAGGAUAUCUCAAACCAAGGAGGCAUCGAUUGCCGAAGGCUGCCGGGAUCAAAGCUGGAGUUUCAGCUUUCCGAUGCAGUUGUGAGCCUCCAGCCGGAGGAUUACUCCAGGCCGUCCCCAUUUAACAUGACCAUCCCCAAUCAAGACAAAUGGAGGUUGUUCUGCCGCUCGCUGCUCUUGCCCGUGGACAUGGCGGCACCUUUGGGCCCGAAGGUCUUCAUCUGGGGCGAGCCCAUGUUGCGAAGAUACUACACGAUUUACGACCUGGCCAACAAGCGCAUUGGCUUCUCUUUGGCCAGACAACCUAGUGGCAAGGCAUCCUCGCCUCCCAUCGGUGCACCUCCAGCAGGAACGCUAGUCUCAGGAGCACCUUUGUCACCUGCUGCGGAGGUGGUGGGAUGA